UUGUUAAGGAUGUGAUAACAAUAAUUAUCGAUUAAAGUGUAGAUAAAAUUUAAAAUAAAUAGAGGGUGAAUCAGAUGAGUGAACAGAAGUGUUGUGACCUCUCAAUCAUCGACAAUGAAGGCUGUUUUCCUAGUAGUGCUUUCCUGCACUGCAUAUCUCGCUAGCGCGGGGCCCAUGUAUAAAGAUGAGCUCGGCGACUAUCCACGUUACAUCAACUUCCCCGACGGCGAGGGCAAGCUCCACCGAGUAGACUUGGAGGCAGAACCCGACUACGCUCUGCUUGAUGAAGUCACUAGGAACCCAGCCAACAACCAAUACAUUUUGUUCACCAGACAAAAUCGUCGCAGCGGCCAGACCUUGGUCAUCAACAACCAGAAUUCCAUCACCAGAUCCAACUUCAACGCUAGACGUCCAACCAUUGUGGUCGCUCACGGAUGGCUUAGCAACCAACAUACCGACAUUAACCCUACCAUCAGAGAUGCCGCGCUCAACGCCGAAGACGUGAACGUGAUCGUGGUGGAUUGGAGACGCCUUGCUAUGUCCGACUACGCGACUGCGGCGCGCGGCGUGCCUGCUGUCGGCCGCGGCGUGGGACAGUUCUUGAUCUUCCUCAACCGCGUAACUGGCGCGGCGUUCAACACCAUGCACCUCGUCGGCUUCUCCUUGGGCGCUCACUUGGUUGGUAACGCCGGACGUGAACUUGGCGGAAGAGCCGCUCGUGUCACUGGUUUGGAUCCCGCUGGCCCUCUGUGGAACAUGAACUCCGGCCGCCUCAGGGGCUCCGACGGCGUCUACGUUGAAGCUAUCCACACAGACGGUGGAGUUGGUGGUCUUGGCAUUGGAUCUGCUGUAGCUAACGCUGAUUUCUUCCCCAAUGGCGGCAAUUCCCAACCCGGAUGUGCCCUGAGCCUUUGCAAUCACAACCGCGCUUGGGAGCUCUUCGCUUCCACCCUUACCCGCAAUCACUUGGUUGGAAACCAGUGCUCCAACACGCUGCAAAUUACAACAAACUCUUGCCGUGGUUCUCGCCUGAAUAUGGGUAAUAACAUCCUGAAUAAGCGAGGAUCUGGCCUGUUCAGAUUGGACACAGGAAGGAGAUACCCGUUCUAAGCACAUGAAAAUGUUUUGUGAAUGUUAUGAAAAAUAAAACAUGGCUAUGUAUUACGACGUAUUAUAUUAUUGUUUAAAAUUAUGAAUGCAAAUGUAUAUUUUAAAUAUGAACAAAAAUAUAAACUUUUUCAUUUUA